CAGAGCCUCCUGUGUCCUCCCAGUCCUUCUCUGUUGUCUUGUGUCUCUUUGUUGGAUAAAACUCUCCUGUCUCAUCUCCUUGUCUCUCCUCCAUCAUCCGGACAGACACAUUAGCAGCAGCUAGCGUUGAACCCCAGCGGGAGGACCUGGAUUCAGUGUCGGGACACGGAGCAGGGAGCCGUGGUGAGUUCACAUGAGCAGCCGGUGUUUGUCUGGUUCUUCUGCUCCGGGUCCUGAUGGAUUUUACAUAGACUGUUUGUCCUCUAAAACCACAGACAAUGCGCUCUCUGGUGCUAAUGCUAAUUAGACUCUGUGCUAAUUAGCCUGCUGUGCUAGCCCGGUUAGAGAAAUGAGGGACCGCUGCUCGCUGUUUGACCUCUUCGCCUGUUAAAGUGCCUGUUUUUUAAAGCUUCAAGCUAAAGGCGCUAAUUCACAGAUUAGCUAGCCUCGGCUAAAACCGGGUUGAAACGUAGUUUGAGUUGGUAAAUUGAAUUUAAGAUGAGCUAAACCGGGCCUUAAGUCUUGACUUCACAGAGCUGAACUUGUUCUUAAUUCAGGUUUUCCUUGUUUAGACCAUGUUCUGAGUUCAGGUUCUGAGUCCAGUUUGACUUGGUUGAGUAAGUUUCUUCAUGUAACUUAGUUUGGCCUGGUUUCUAAAGGGGAUUGAAUUCAACUGAGUCUAAAUGUAGACUAAGUUUGGUUACAUCUGGGCUGACCAGUAUAAUCAGGUCCUGUGCUGAACUGGGUCAUACAUGUGUUGUGUACCGGGUUUACUCGGGUCUAGAGGCAGGUAGUCCUGAGUUAAAGCUCAGUUCUAAAUCAUAAGUGCCCUUACUUGUGUUAAAUUUAGGUCUGGUUUGGUUUUUGACCGGCUUUAAACGUAGAUUGAGUUUGGUUAAAUAGAAUUUAAAUUAAGCCCUGGUCUAAGUCCAUUGUAGUGAAUUAGUCCUGUGUUAAACUGAGCUGUAAAUGUGUGUACAGGGAGUCUAGAAGCAGGUAGUACUGGGUUAAAUCCAGUUCUUGAUUUAAGUGUCCUUAUUGGUGUUUCUAGCUGGUCUAGAUUUUGUUUGAUGGGUCUUUGAAUGUAGUUUGACCAGGCUCACAGAGAGACUUCGGCCUGUCUCGGUUUAAAACUGGUUUAAAUUAAGUCCUCUUCUAAAACUGCACUGUUGAACUAGUCCCGUAAACUGGGUUAUAUAAAUGUAGUAUCUCACAUUUUAAGUGGGAGCUGGUUUGAGCUCAUUUGUUGAUUUAAGUGGUCCAUAUUGUUUAUUUCUGGUUCAAAUAAAGGUUUUCUUAGACUUUGGUUUAGUGGGUUUUUGAUUGUAGUCUGGCCUGGCUUACAUAGAUGGUUGACUUUAGUCAGUCUCUGGUUUAAAAUUGGUUUGAAUGUGGUCAGUCCUGGUCUUUCCUGUCCUUGUGAAGACAGUUGGCGUUGAUUCUGAAGUCUGUGAUUUUCGUUGGUCUUUGAUGCAGUUAGUCCAGGUCUAGUUGGGGUUUAGUCCCAGGUUUAGCUCAUGAUGGCAGAGCUCCACCAGACUCCCACUUCGCUGUGCUGUUGCCGUAAAUCCCUGCCGGUCUCUGGGGCCCGGUGUGUCGGGGACUCCAGCAGGCCCUCAGCAAGUCCGGGUCCUGGAUCCCCACGAUGCCCCCUGGUAGACGUGGCCUCGGCGUCUAACUUUCGCUGCUUCCAGCUGCAACAUUUCCACCUGGACUUGCGGCUAAACUUUGCUGUGAAGGAGAUGAGUGGCUGGUUGGUUCUUGACCUCAUCCCGGUCCAGCCAGGGAUCCAUACCCUGGUUCUGGACUCCCAUCCCUCCCUCCUCAUCCACUCCAUCGACUGUAAGGUCCCCGGUGCCGGACAGGAGGAUCCCCUCUCCCUCACAUACCGAGUCGACCCGUUCACAGACUACGGCUCCUCACUGAACAUCAGCCUGCCGACAUCAACAGUGAAACCGGGCCGACUGAUCCAGAUUACAGUCCGCUACACAACCACAGAUGGACCAGCGAUCUGGUGGUUGGACUCCGAGCUGACCUGUGGUCAGUCCCGUCCUCUGGUCUUCACUCAGGGUCACUCGGUGUGCAAUCGCUCCUUCUUCCCCUGCUUCGACACGCCUGCUGUCAAGAGCACAUACACUGCCACUGUGAGGGUUCCAGAUGGAGUGACAGUUCUGAUGAGUGCGUCUCGGAGCUCAUACUCUAAACCGGACCGAAUCUUUCAGUUCUCCAUGGAGUUUCCUGUCCCGUCCUACCUGGUGGCGUUAGUGGCCGGAGAGCUGCAGCAUGUUGACGUCGGCCCACGGAGUCGUGUGUGGGCGGAGCCAUGUCUGUUGUCCUGCGCGGUGAAUAAACUAGGGGGCAGUGUGGAGCGCUGGCUGGGAGUAGCUGAGGAGCUGUUUGGACCUUACCUGUGGGGCAGGUGUGACAUCGUGUUCCUCCCCCCAUCCUUCCCCAUCGUCGCCAUGGAGAAUCCUUGCCUCACCUUCAUCAUUGCCUCCAUUCUGGAGAGCAGCGAGUUCCUGCUGAUCGAUGUCAUCCAUGAGAUCGCCCACGGCUGGUUUGGCAACGCCGUCACCAACGCCACAUGGGAGGAGAUGUGGCUUAGUGAAGGCCUGGCCACCUACGCCCAGCGCAGGAUCACUACUGAGGCCUACGGUGAGGCAUUCACCUGUCUGGAAACUGCCGUGCGAUUGGACGCACUCCACAGACAGCUGCGUCUCCUUGGAGACAACAACCCUGUGAGCAAACUGCAGGUCAAGUUUGAGCCAGGUGUGAACCCCAGCUGUCUGAUGAAUCUGUUCACCUACGAGAAAGGUUUCUGUUUCGUGUCGUACCUGUCGCAGCUGUGUGGAGACAUCAGACGCUUCGACUGUUUCCUCAGGGAUUACAUCUCACAGUUUAAGUUUCGGAGCGUGGUGGCUCAGGACCUCAUCGACUACUUCCUGGGUUAUUUCCCUGAGCUGAAGGACGCUGCUGUCGCCCAGAGAGAGGGUCUGGAGUUUGAGCGCUGGAUGAGCGGGUGUGGACCUCCUCUGUACGAGCCUGAUCUGUCAGCAGGGGGCGCUCUGACUCAGCCCGUUCAGGAUCUGUGUGACCUGUGGAAGAGCGGCGACGCCCCCGACCUGCAGACGGUGUCGACCUUUGACCUCUCAGCCUGGAGCACCUUUCAGAUCGUCCUGUUCCUGGACCGCAUGCUCGACCUCUCUCCUCUGCCACACGGUGUGAUGGCGGGUCUGUCGGGCUGCUACUCGUCUCUGUUCGACGGUCUGAAUGCUGAGGUUCAGAUCCGCUGGCUGCAGAUGGUGGUGAGGAACAGCUUCUACCCUGAACUGCCACGAGUCCGAGCUUUCCUUCACAAGCAUACGUCCAGGAUGUACACAAUGCCGCUGUACGACGACCUGGUUGCCGGGGUGAUGAAGUGCUUUGCCGUGGAGAUUUUCAACCAGACUCAGCGCCGCCUGCAUCCAAACCUCAGACGGACGCUACAGCAGAUCCUGUUCCAGACCAGCUCCCCCCCGACCAAUCAGAAUGGCUCUGCUCUGUCCAUCGUACCCCCCUCCACCUCCCCACAGCCGCAGCCCGCCCCCACUGCUGCCGGGACGACCGGCGCCAUCGCUCUGCGGGACGUCAACGUCUCUGCGUGAAGUCCACCUGUCUCGUCACGUGACGGUGGCUAUGAUUGGUCGGUCGUUACAGGUAAAGAGGAUGGAACGUGGUGGCGGGAUGAUGUCAUUGUCAGACUCGCGAUGUGAGCUGUUGCCACGACGACAGCUCUGGCUAAAGCUGAAAGUUCGAACGCCGCCUCUGUACGACAGGAAGUUCACUCCAGAGAUUUGUAAAGUCGAGGUGGUGGGGGGGUUGGGAGUGAAAGGUCGCGGCACAGCGCUGCUGCUUCAUGACGAGUCAUGUGACCGUGGGUGCUUUGUAAGGACAAGUACAUCCUUAUGACAUCAGGACCUUUAAUCGGCCGGAGACGGCUCCUCUGAUUGGACGUCAGUGGUCCCAGGGUCUGCUGAAGAUGUAAAGAUUUUUAUUCCUCAGUGCAAUUUAACUGAUCACUUGAAAUAGCUCGUUUUCCCAGGUGAGUCUGCUCAGCGGUGACGUCGGCAUGCCUCUUCUGCCGCACAGAGGAAACGUCAGGAAGCAUAAAACUGAAAUGAGUAAAUCGAGUUUAACCGUCUGAAGAAUCGGACCUAAAAUUAUGAGAUUAAAGUGACUCAUCUGGAUGUUUUCACUCUUUGGUUUGAAACGUCAGAAAAGAAGUUAACUGAAGAAAAACAGGAAGUAGAAUGAUCCGAGUCGUUCAGAAGUUUGAUUCGAAAAUUACUUGAACUGUCAUCAAAAGAAUUUGCAGAUUCAUUUUUUAAUCAACAAAUUCCAGUUUGUGAUCAGUUAGUUCAGUGACGGCCUCAACAACACUUGUCAAAGUAAAGGUCUUUUAUUCUCAAGGUCAGAGUUUUAUUGUGGAGGGGUGAUGCUGCAGGAAAUGCUGAUGUCAUUCAGUGACUUUAAACUUUUUAUCUGAAUUAGAACUUCCUCACAGAGGUUCUUUUGGUGAGAUAAGUUUUAUUUUCAUGUGUCGUCGUGAGCUCUUCCUGCCAGAAUAAUCUGCAACAUAAUGACUGUGAUCACGUUAAUUCCCCCUGCAGCCUCUGACGCCUGUGACACACCUGUGGGUCAGGUGUGUGCCUUGUUUUAGAGGAAGUGUCUGUCCUUCACUGAACAAAGUGCUGCUUUAAUCACUGACAACAUGUAGCUGAAAUGAAUAAGAAACAUCUUUAACUCUACCUCCUGAUUCUAACAAACCUGCAGACGAGUACUCGGGGCAAUACUGGCACCCUGAAACUGGACACUUUCAAUGUCAUGACACCUGUCCACCAGCAGACUCCCACCUUAGUGGCCUUACUGCUGCGUUCACUGCAGCUGGGAACUGAGAGUUAGGCUCGCCUGCGUUGUCCCUUUAAUGUUGAUUCUGACUGUUUUUAUCUUCAAUCAGCAGCAAUAAGAUCCAGACUUUUAACAGCAUUUUACUGAUUCAGAUGAUUUUUACUCUGAAAACAACUGAGAGAAAGGAGAAGUGGCAGAAAGAGACGGAUCCUAUCUUCAAACUGAAAAAAAUACAGUUUUUACUUUGUUAAUCCUGCUCUGAUCCAGAAUGUUUGACUGACUUAAAUCAGUUGAUCCCGAUCAGCACUGGAUCACUGUAUUCUGAUCUGUGUUUAAUCUGUUCUCCCAGCUGUCACUGAACGCCUCCUCACAGAAACUUUGUAAUGAAUGUUUGAUGAAAAAUAAACACUUUAAACG